GGAGGGACAGUAUAACCGUCCGACUCGUCCCUCCCAAAAGGAAGCCAUUGAAACCAUUAGUUCCUCUCUACCGGAUACUCAAAUCUCUAGUGGACCUCCGGAAUUCUAAACUCGUAUUGUUCUCGGACAGAGAUUUGCCUCACCACUACUGCCAAACUCCCAGUCCUGCGCACCAAUGAGGUCUGACUCUUACGAUUCUUUCCCGAGAGGAAAUUUGGUAGUCAAUGACUGUUUCCGGGGGGAGCUGAGAAGGUGAGUCUCACUUCCGGCGGAGGGAGGCUUUCUGACCCGGGAUGGAGGAGGCGGAGGAGCUGCCCUUGGAGUGGGAGAGACUGCAGUUCGCCCCCGAUCCACGCCUGGGCCCGGACUCAGGAUGGAGCCCUUCCAGAGAAGGCUGUGCACAGGGACUCAAAGACCUCUCGCCCGGACCUACCCGAGCCAUCCUCGCUUUAAAGAGCCUCCCGCGGGGCUUGGCCCUUGGCCCCUCACUCAUCAAGGAGCAGCGCUUGGGGGUCUGGUGUGUUGGGGAACCCUUGCAGCCAGGACUGCUCUGGGGGCCACUGGAAGAGGAGUCUGUCUCCGAGCAGAAGGGUCAUGGAGUGAAAACAAAGCAGAAGGAGGACGUGUCACUAGGCCCAUGGGGAGAUGUGUGUGCUUGUGAGCAGAGCUCAGGCUGGACUAGUUUGGUGCAGCGGGGCAGGCUGGAGGGUGAGGGAAACGUGGCCCCAGUGCGGAUCAGCGAGAGGCUCCACCUGCAGGUGUACCGGGUCGUGCUGCCAGGUUUUGAGCUGCUGAUGUGGCCCCAGCCUCCCUCAGAGGGCCUGAGCCCCACCCAGCCCAGGCUAGAGGAAGAGGCGUCCUUGGCUGUGGUGACAGAAGUGGAGUCUGCUGUACAACAGGAAGUGGCCUCCCCCGGGGAGGAUGUAGCAGAACCUUGCACAGAUCCUGGUCACCAGUCACCCCCCCGCAUCCAGGCGGUGAGCCCUGGACUUAAGCCCCGAAUCCAGGACCAAGUUUCCAAGGAGAGCCAGCCACUCGGCCCAUCGCCUCAGGAUGGCCGUGUAGACGAGGAGGACCCACCCCAGACCCAGAUGCCACCUGAACCUCAGAGCAGCUCCACUCCCCAGCAGGGCCCUGAGAGCAGUGAGGCCAGUUCCUCAUCUUCUGCCAGGGGCCCCCAGCUGCGUGCUUACCUAGUCAGGAAGUUGUGUAGCCCCAGUGAUCAAUGGCCACCCAGAGUGAAGACCUCAGAGCCCGGGGCCCAGCAGAGUGGAGAGCAGCAGCACCCUGGCUUCCCCACAUGCUUGCGGAGCGCCCCUGGCCCGGUGGGAGGCUCCCCGAAGCGGGGGCGACGGUACCGCUGUGCCGAGUGUGGCAAGGCCUUCCUGCAGCUGUGCCACCUGAAGAAGCAUGCAUUCGUGCACACGGGCCACAAGCCCUUCCUUUGCACCGAGUGUGGCAAGAGCUACAGCUCAGAGGAGAGCUUCAAAGCCCACAUGCUGGGCCACCGUGGGGUGCGGCCAUUCCCCUGCCCUCAGUGCACCAAGGCCUACGGCACCCGGCGAGACCUCAGAGAGCACCAGGUUGUACACUCAGGUGCCCGGCCCUUUACUUGCGACCAGUGUGGCAAGGCCUUCGCCCGCCGGCCCUCCCUGCGGCUGCAUCGCAAGACACACCAGGUGCCAGCGGCCCCUGCCCCGUGCCCGUGCCCUGUGUGCGGGAGGCCCCUGGCCAACCAGGGCUCCCUGCGGAACCACAUGCGGCUCCACACGGGGGAGAAGCCCUUCCUGUGCCCACACUGCGGCCGGGCGUUCCGCCAGCGGGGCAGCCUGCGCGGGCACCUGCGGCUGCACACAGGGGAGCGCCCUUACCGCUGCCCACACUGCGCUGAUGCCUUCCCCCAGCUGCCUGAACUGCGGCGCCACCUCAUCUCCCACACCGGGGAGGCCCACCUGUGCCCCGUGUGUGGGAAGGCCCUCCGGGAUCCCCACACGCUGCGCGCGCACGAGCGCUUGCACUCAGGUGAGAGGCCCUUCCCGUGCCCUCAGUGUGGCCGUGCUUACACGCUGGCGACCAAGCUGAGGCGCCACCUCAAAUCCCACCUGGCCGACAAGCCCUACCGCUGCCCCACCUGUGGCAUGGGCUACACUCUCCUCCAAAGCCUCAAGCGGCACCAGCUCAGUCAUCAGCCCGGGCCACCCUCCAGCCCACCCUGUGUGCCGCCUGCCGCUUCUGAGCCCACCGUGGUGCUCCUGCAGACCGAGCCAGAACUACUGGACACAUGCAGUGAACGGGGCGGGUCCCCAGCCCCGGACGUCUUCGAGGUCACCCUUUCCGAGAGCCAGGAUAAGUGCUUUGUGGUGCCCGAGGAGCCAGGUCCUGCUCCCAGCCUGGUGCUGAUCCAUAAGGACAUGGGCUUUAGCACCUGGGCAGAAGUGGUAGAGGUGGAGACGGGCACCUGACCACCCUCACCUUUCCUCAGCAGAGCUCUGUAUAAAGACUGGUGUUUAUGAGCUUGGGGGUCUGGAUCUUUCUCUUUGGGUUCCCUGAUAGAGACUAGUCUAUGAGAAGCAGGUCAAGGACUUCCCUUCCUGCUUAUGGACAACCACUUUGUUUCCCAAGACUCUUAAUAAGGUAAACCACUUCUAGAUGUAAGUUCUUUAUCAGCUUCCAGUAGAGCUUGUCCUGCCACCCUCCCUGGGAACUCCUCAAGGUGCUUGUUCUUUAAAUGUUGCAGAAGUGACCCUGCCCAGUGAGGUAGCCAGGUCGCAGGCAGCACUGUUGCCCUGCUGGGGUGCUUAGUGCUGGAAUAGUCACUCCCAUCCAGCUCCCUGAGGGACAAGCAUUUCUAUUUGGAACCAAACGGAAUGACUUGUGAAGGUUAAAAGGCCAGAGACACUCAGCUGACAAGUCUCUGAGUCAGGCAUUAGAUUAUUCUGGCAGCUUUUCUCACCACCGAAGGCCUGUGAGGUUGGUUUUUGUUCUGUGCUGAAGGACACCAGACUCAUUGGAGGUGGCUAGGGCAGGUCUGCACCCUUCUGUGUAUCUGGCCAAAGGCAGCCCUGCUGAGGGAAAGAGCGAGGAAUGAACAUGUGUUUCAUGUUUCAUCAGCUGCGGGCCUGGCCUGCCCGAGGUGCUGGGGACGCAGCUGUGGACAAGACAGAGGCAGCGCCCUUUACAGAGCUCAGGCCUACAAGGGGCAAAGGGCAACAGUAAGAGUUUAAAGAGGAGCACUCCCCGGUGCUGUGGAUGUGUUUAACGGGAUGGGUUGACCUGUGGGCAUCAGGGAAGGUGUCCCCAAGAAAUUACAAUGAUAAUAAACAGCCUUUGUU